AGGAGGCGGCGGCGGCGGUGGAGGAGAGGAAGCACAGCGGGCGGUUGCCGGGCUCUUCCAGGCUCAUGUCCCCGUCCGGCCGGCCUGAGCCCCGCGUAGUGUGCAGUGUGAGCCCCGGCGGGAGGGGAGGAGGAGCUGGGCCAUGACCGUGGAGCAGAAUGUCCUGCAGCAGAACUCCCAGAAGCAUCAGCAGACCUUCAUAAAUCAGCUACGGGAGAUCACUGGCAUUAAUGACCUACAGGUACUUCAGCAAGCAUUAAAAGACAGCAAUGGAAAUCUGGAGUUAGCGGUUGCAUUUCUUACAGCAAAUAAUGCAAAGCUCCCACAGCCAGAAGAAGCUACGUACUAUCAGACUGCGCUCCCCAAUAAUGACCGAUACAUCAGUGUGGGCAGCCAGGCAGACACAAAUGUGAUCGAUCUCACUGGUGAUGAUAAAGAUGACCUUCAGAGGGCAAUAGCAUUAAGCCUGGAGGAGUCAAAUAGAACGUUUAGGGAAACGGGCAUUACUGAUGAAGAACAGGCCAUCAGCAGGGUGUUGGAAGCCAGUAUAGCCGAGAAUAAGGCCAGUCUAAAACGCACCCACACCGAGGUUUGGAGUGACUCGCCCAAUCCCUAUGACCGGAAACGUCAAGACAACUGUCCGGUGGGAUUAAAAAAUGUGGGAAAUACUUGUUGGUUCAGUGCCGUCAUCCAGUCCCUCUUCAACCUGCUGGAGUUUCGCAGACUUGUUUUGAACUACAACCCCCCUGCAAGUGUUCAGGAUGUACCCCGAAACCAAAAGGAACACAGAAACCUGCCUUUCAUGCGUGAGCUGAGAUAUCUCUUCUCACUGUUGGUCAGUUCGAAGAGAAAAUAUGUCGAUCCUUCUAGAGCAGUAGAGAUUCUAAAGGAUGCCUUCAAGUCAAAUGACUCUCAGCAGCAAGAUGUAAGUGAAUUCACCCACAAACUGCUGGACUGGCUGGAAGACGCUUUCCAGAUAAAGGCAGAGGAGGAAAGGGAUGGAGAAAAGCCAAAGAACCCAAUGGUGGAGCUGUUCUAUGGGCGAUUCCUGGCAGCAGGUGUUCAUGAAGGAAAGAAAUUUGAAAACACGGAGAUGUUUGGUCAGUAUCCUCUCCAGGUGAAUGGAUUCAAAGACUUGCAUGAAUGUCUAGAGGCUGCCAUGAUAGAGGGAGAGAUUGAGUCAUUACAUUCAGAGAACUCAAGCAAGUCUGGUCAAGAGCACUGGUUCACAGAACUUCCACCUGUACUGACAUUUGAGCUGUCCAGGUUUGAGUUUAAUCAAGCUUUGGGAAGGCCUGAGAAAAUCCACAACAAGCUAGAGUUUCCACCAUGUCUGUACAUGGAUAGGUAUAUUCACAAAAACAGGGAAAUUACCCGGAUCAAACGAGACGAGAUCAAAAGGCUCAAAGAUCACCUAACAGUUUUACAGCAGCGGCUAGAAAGGUAUUUAAGUUAUGGCUCUGGCCCUAAACGGUUUCCUCUGGCCGAUGUGUUGCAAUAUGCUCUGGAGUUUGCAUCCAGCAAACCUGUCUGCACUUCCCCUGUGGAGGAUAUUGAUACAAGUGCUCCACCUAGUGGUCCCAUGGUCACACAACCCAUGCAAAGCACAAUGGAACAUCAAGGGCCUUCUUCAUCCAGUGAGCCUCAGUCCAACCAGCGCUCCGUUAUUCACAAACCGUUCACCCAGUCCAGAAUACCUCCAGAUCUACCUAUGCACCCAGCACCGCGCCAUAUUACAGACGAGGAGCUGACAGUAUUAGAAGGGUGUUUACACCGCUGGAGGACGGAGGUGGAAACUGACACUAGAGAUCUACAGGACAGUAUCGGUAGAAUACACCGGACGAUAGAACUCAUGUACUCCGACAAGCUGAUGACACAAGUUCCAUACAGGUUACAUGCAGUGUUGGUCCAUGAAGGCCAGGCUAACGCGGGACACUACUGGGCAUAUAUUUUUGACCACAAUGAGAAGAGGUGGAUGAAAUAUAAUGACAUCUCAGUUACUAAGUCUUCAUGGGAAGAGCUAGAGCGGGAUUCCUUCGGAGGGUACAGAAAUGCCAGCGCCUACUGUUUAAUGUAUAUAAACGAGCAUGAACAGCACCUAAUACAAGAGGAAUAUGACAAGGAGACAGGACAGGUGCUGUCCGGGAUGGACACCUUACCUCCUGAUUUAAAGGAAUUUGUCAAAGAAGACAACAGACGGUUUGAAAAAGAGCUUGAGGAAUGGAACAAGGAACAGCUCCGGAAAGCCGAGCAAGAGAAGAUGCUGAUUUCUCAGAAGACCAUAAAACCGCCUCCAGCUUCUGUGUCUGGUCCUGUAAAAGAGCCCGAGUACUUGGAGCAGCCUACGAGAGCGGAGCUGCCUGAGGAGUCAAUGGAGGAAACCACCAAUGCCAUCUCACAGGCAGCAACGGAGUCUGAAGACAAAGGCCCAGAGGCAGUCCUGCAAACGGCCAUCAAAACGGAGUAUGCACGGUUAUUGAAACUAGCACAAGAGGAUCCCCCUCCAGAGACAGAUUACCGGUUACAGCAUGCGGUCGUUUACUUCAUCCAGAGCCAGGCGCCAAAGAAAAUCAUUGAGAGGACCCUGCUUGAGCAGUUUGCUGAUCGCAACCUGAGUUUUGAUGAACGUUGCCGCAACAUCAUGAAAGUGGCCCAGGCGAAGCUUGAAAUGAUAAAACCUGAUGAGGUUAAUAUGGAAGAAUACAUGCGCUGGCACAAGGAGUACAAGAGUUUCCGGGAGGCAACAAUGUACAUCUUGAUUGGAUUGGAGCUGUUUCAGAACAAAAGCUAUGUUGAAGCAUUGCUCUACCUUAUCUUUGGCUACCAGUUUAACAAGGAGCUGCUGUCCAGAGGCCUGUAUAGAGGACACGAUGAGGAGCUCAUAUCACAUUAUCGCAGAGAGUGUUUGCUGAAACUAAAUGAGAAAGCGGCAAUCAUGUUUGAGUCUGGAGAAGUAGAGCAAGUGUGUAAUGGCCUGACUUUGAUGAAUGAACUUCUAGUACCGUGCUUGCCCAUGCUGCUGAUUGAUGAAAUGGAGGAAAAGGACAUCAUUGCUGUAGAAGACAUGAGGAAUCGUUGGUGUUCAUACUUGGGGCAAGAAAUGGAGCCUUCUUUGCAAGAAAAGCUUACAGACUUCCUGCCAAAGCUGCUGGAUUGUUCAACGGAAAUUAAAGGCUUCAACGACCCGCCAAAGCUACCCAUCUUUUCCACGCACGAGCUGUGUGAACGAUUUUCCCGAAUUAUGUUGUCACUUAGCCGAACUCCAGCUGAUGGGAGAUAAUUUAUGCACCUUCUCACGCACAUUGUAUAGACUUUUUUUUCUUUUUAGUUUUUUUUUAACUCAUGCCUUCCCGUGACAAGGUUUGCUUUGUUGCUGCUAUAGUUUUUAACUUUUUUUUAUGUUACAAACUGCUAAAGACAAAAUGACUGUACAGACUUUUAGCCAGACUGCAAACCCAGCUGAGAAACGCAUGGCCCUCGGCUUCCAUUUUAAACAGAAACAAUGCAACCAAAAUAUUGAUGGCGAGACCGCUUUGCCACUUUUCUGUGACAGUAUUAAAUAGCUUUUACCUACAAAAACCUCAUUUUAUCAACCGCUUUUUUAUUUUAAUUUUUCUCCCCUUUUCUUCUUAGAGUAUGAGUUUAUUCUUUGUGACAGCAGCCAUUUUAAUUAUCUGGUGCCAUGUUCGACAAUGUGGCUCCUGGUAGCUUGUAAAUGAAAUUGAAGAAUAAAGUUUUAUUUAUGGCUACUUCCUGUUUGCAAAAAAAAAAAAA